AAUCCCGUGCUCUCCUCCUCUCCCCAACGGUCGAGAGGGGCAAUUCCGUCCCGCUCCACCGCCAUCCCCCGACCAUUUUCAAAAUCGCGCAUCCACCGCCGCUCGACCAAAAAAAAUUCCCCAAUUCCCCAACUCGAUCCGCUCAAAAUCGCGCAUCCAAACCCUCGCCCUCCUCCUCGCCGCCGCCGCCGCCGCCGACGACGACCAUCCCACCGACCGCGCGCGCGCGAGGGGGCUCUACUACCACCGGCGAUGCGGCGGGACGACGCCGCUGGCGGAGGCGGCGGGGGGUUCCAGGAGCUGUUCGACUCGGUGCGCCGCUCCAUCUCCUUCCGCCCCGGGGGCAGCGCCGCCGCCGCGGCCGCCGCCCUCGACGAGCCCGCCUCGGCUUCCGGCGGUGGGGGGUUCAGGGGGCGGAUCAGCACGUGCCUCCGCAAGUCCAGGGGGAUGGGGCUGCUCGGGAUGGUGGCCUCCAAGAGCCCCUCACCCCCGCGCCGCCGCCUCCUUCCCCCGCCGCGUUCGCCGCCGCCCGCGCCAACGAAGUCUCUCUCGCCACAGCCUGCGGUGGUGUCCCAAGGGGGAGGCGGUGCGGGUGGAGUCGGAGGAGGGGAGGAGGAGGAGGCGAACCCGCCGAUCCGGUGGCGGAAGGGCGAUCUCCUCGGGAGCGGCGCGUUCGGGUCGGUGUUCCUCGGCAUGGAUCUUGAUUCCGGCGAGCUCCUCGCCGUAAAGCAGGUUUUGAUCGGGAGCAGCAACGCAACGAGGGAGAAGGCCCAGGGGCACAUAAGGGAGCUUGAGGACGAAGUGAAGCUACUCAAGAACCUCUCACACCCCAACAUUGUUCGAUAUAUUGGAACGGUGCGGGAGGAGAACUCGUUAAAUAUUCUGCUGGAGUUUGUGCCAGGAGGAUCGAUCCAGUCACUCCUCGGGAGGCUCGGAUCAUUCCCUGAGGCUGUCAUCAGGAAAUACACGAAACAGAUUUUGCAUGGCCUGGAGUAUUUACAUCGCAAUGGAAUCAUACACAGGGACAUAAAGGGAGCAAAUAUACUUGUUGAUAAUAAAGGAUGCAUUAAGUUAGCAGACUUUGGGGCCUCCAAGCAAGUGGAGAAGUUGGCGACCACUGCCAAGACAAUGAAAGGGACACCAUAUUGGAUGGCCCCAGAAGUAAUUGUUGGGAGUGGGCAUGACUUUUCAGCUGAUAUCUGGAGUGUCGGAUGCACUGUAAUUGAAAUGGCAACUGGUAAAACUCCAUGGAAUCAGGAAAUUCAAGAGGUUUCUCUUCUGUAUUAUGUUGGGACAACAAAGUCACACCCACCGAUACCAGAGCAUCUUUCCCCAGAAGCCAAGGAUUUUCUGUUGAAAUGCUUACAGAAGGAACCAGAACUGAGAUCUACUGCAUCAGACUUAUUGCUGCACCCAUUUGUUACAGGAGGAUUGGAAGAUCUUCACCAGGUUAAUCAUGCAACACACAAGGAAACCUCUGAGCUUCCGGCAUACGAUAUGCCAACUGGUGACCUGGGCUUGAAUCAUUCUGGCAACCCAAGUAACUUGAAUUCCUAUAAGUCAUCAGACAUGAGACCAAUAUGGGAUGGGCACAGCAGUGAUGACAUGUGUCAGUUUGCUGAAAAUGACGUGGUAAUGGUUGGAUCGAGCUUCAACCCUAUGUCUGAACCAUUUGAUGACUGGGAAAGCCCAGAACAAAGAUCUAGUCAAUCAAGGGAAUUUGGAGGAUUAGCCAAACAUGUUGAAAAUAACAUGUCUGAAAAUGAUUUUACUUUCCCAUGUGAGGGAGGCUGUGAAGAGGAUGAUGAACUCACAGAAUCAAAAAUAAAGGAAUUUCUGGAUGAAAAGGCCAUAGAUCUAAAGAAACUACAGACACCUUUGUAUGAGUUCUACAACACAGUAAAUGCUGGACUUUCUCAAGGAGUUGGUGAAACUUGCCAAGUAGACAACAUUACUGAUUUGCAAUUGCCCCUUCAAGGAAGAUCACCUCCAAUUCAGAUGGAGGGAGUUGCAGCAGUAGGACCAACCAGCGAUAUUCUGAAGAGUGCCAGUCCAAAGAGCUGCACUAGGCGUUUCUCAAGAAGCGGUGUGGAGAAUGGUCGAAUUUUAAGAGAAAUUGCUUCGCCUCAACUCAAUAAGUUUGAGGACAAGGUCCACGAUAUUCAAGACAAUCCCAGCAUUAGCUUUUCUGAAAGACAGAAGAAGUGGAAAGAAGAGUUAGACCAAGAACUUGAGAUCGGGAGAGUGAUGAGGUUGGGUAGCUUCGGUAAAGCGCCAUCACCAAAGAGCCGAGGCAUGACCAGGAAACGGGAUCGCGUCUACUGAAUGGAAACGAGAAUUGUCAUCUGGCAGGACUAAUGGUGACUUGACUACAACUGUACAAUGUCAGCGAUUGGUGGCCAUACCAGUACAGUGCACUGCCUCGCCACUCGUGUGACCUAACAAAAAUUUUCAUAGCUGCCAAAUCCUUUUGGUGCUCAUUUGAGUUUGAUAUGAAGGCUAUUCCAGGUGGGCAUUUGGAUUUGAAGCCAGGCUGUCACGAUUUGCCCACAGGGGAACAGUUUACUGGCUGUUUCGCCUACAAUAUGCAGCUUUAUGUUAACGAUGCCUUGGCGAUUUUGGGAGCCCUCCAAGUGUGGCAGGAUGGCUUAUGCGCAGAAGGAAUAGUUGUACUUUUAUUUUUUUUCCCUUUCUCUUCGUUGUUUUUGUAAGAAAGAUACUCCAAGAGCUUGCCGUUUGCGAGCAUGUAAUAAGCAAUGUAAUGCUGAGUGUGUUAUCAUCGAGAAUGUAGUAUGCGUUUUGCAGUUCUUGACUCAAAUUUGUGGGGGUUUUAUAUUUCGCUCAACUUACAUAACAGUAUGCUGCAAUUGAUUUUUUUCCCCCAACAAAUAACAACACACAUUGUAUUCAUCAUACUGUUGCAUUUAUUUGAAACAGCUGACAAGCGAUGCUACA